AGUCUGAUGUUUCCGACUUUCGGAAUAAUAUAAAAAAUCUACAUCUCUUCUUGGAAUUUGAUUUUCGGAUUGUUGGUAUAUUAUCAAAAGAGUAGAUGGUGAAAUGGAUGGUAAAUAAUCCAAUACCUACAAUAAGGAAUAAUUCAUUUUUACUCUAUUAUCAACAAUCUGCAAAAUGGAUUACAGUGAAGGUGUUACUGAUGAAGAAUUGGUAACUGAGUACCUCAAUAAUUGUGGUCUUGCUAUGGAGCCUGCUGAUAGGCUUGCCAAUUUCUUCAAAGUUCAAGAGAUACUGCUUAGGAAAUCACCAUUUUUGCUGCCGAAAUUCCUUCUCGAUGUUCUUAAUUUUACAACAGAUAAAAGUGCUGAAGUCAAAAAGGCCCUAGUUGGAUUUAUAGAGGAACUUAUUAAAGUGAGAGAAUCAUACAUACCAAAAGUUAUGUUAACCUUGCAUAUGCUACUCUGUGAUGAAUCUAUAGUAGUUCAGAAGCGUGUUAUUCAAGCAGCAAUCACAAUUUAUAGAAGAACCUUAGCAUGGCUGUGCAAGGCAACUACUACAACUGAUGAAAUGGAAGAAGCUUGGAAACAACUUUGUGCUAUAAAAUUAGAAAUAGCAAAUAUGAUUGAUAGUGAUAAUGAUGGUGUAAGAACAAGCUCAGUGAAGUUCCUUGAGUGUGUUGUACUACUACAAACAUAUCCAGAUGAGAAUGAAAACAAACGCAGUAAUGAUUUUUCUCUGGAUGAUGUUCCUUUAACAUUAAAAGUAGCUCGAAGAAGAAAACUUGAAGAAGAGGCUAGUAACCUUUUUGAAGUUCUAGUAAAAUUCCAUGGAUCCCCACAUAUUAGUAGUGCAAAUUUAUUUGCAUGUGUGGGAGUACUCACAAAUAUAGCUAAAAGUAGAGCUGAAUUUAUGAUAAGAGUGGUGGAGGCAAUUGAAUCCUUAUAUUUCAAUUUACCACCAACUUUAACAACUACUCAAGUCAGUUCAGUGAAAAAAAAAUUGAAAACUGAACUGUCUGGUCUUAUGAGACACCCAGGGGCUUAUGAGUAUGUUAGUAAAAUUACUCCAAUUUUGUUAGAAUUAGGGUGUUCCCAAUCAGAAAUUAACAAAAUGAUUCCAAAAGCUGAUGAAAGAAGGAAAUACAAUAAAAGAGCAUUAUCAUCUGAAUCCUUAGUGGUGCAGCAAAGUGUAAAAAGAGCUAGGUUGGAACAACCAUCAUUUGAUAUAGAGGAAACUGUAGAUCCUCAGUUAACUCCACAAGAAGCAAAUGAACAGUUCAUCUUAGAAAAUCUGAGCUUGGAGAAGGCUGUUUACCUCAUUUUUACUAAUAUUCCCAAAUUACCCAAUACUGUGCCAGCAGAUUUCAUCUCAGAUUAUGCAGAAUUUGUUAGCUCAGGAAAUAUAGGUAAAAUUCAUUUGGCAAAUAUCAUGGCUAAACAAUUUACUGAAGCUAAGGUGGGUCCUGGUAGUAAAAUUGUGGAAAAGCAGAAGAGCCCUGAACUUACUAAAAAGAGGAGUAGGGAGAUUGAGGAAAAAGAUGAGAGAGAGAAGCCACCAAAGAAAGAAAAAGUCAAAGUCCUCCGAAUCAAAACGCUCAAACUGUCAGAAAUCACCAAACCUCUAGAAAGAGAUGUUAAACAGAGGCUCCUUCUCAAAGCAGUUGAAAGGCUACUAACACCUCACAGAUCAACGAACAAACAACUUCACCAAAAAAUCAUCGCAACUUUGUCCACGUGUUUCAAUAUCGCUGUUCGAGAUACAAUAUUAACAUUUAUAUUAAACGAUCUCAGAUCUUACGUAGACAUUGCUCUAGCUUGGCUAUUUGAAGAGUACAGUAUAAUGCAGGGUUUUUCGAAAGUACCCCCUCUAAGAAGAGACGGCAAACUCGACAACAGUUAUAAUAUGUUGUUGUGCAGCUUCAUCAAUGUGUCUGCCACAGAUGCUCUUAUUCUAUCAAGGCUUCUUCUGGAAGCUCCUAUGAUCACUGAUGAUGCAUUAGAAGAGGUCAGAGCAGUUUGUAGGGAUGAAAGACGUUCAGGAUGGGCUCUGGGGCUCUUACGUGAUCUCACUAUCAGAAAACCACCAAAACAACUAGUAUUCCUGAACGCGCUCCUCUCGUACACAACUUAUGAAUCGAACUCUGUACGCGAUCAUGCAAUCGGUCAUGUACUGGAACUCCACAAACGUUUCGAUUUGAGACUAGUAAUAGAGGAAUUCGCAAGAAUGAACAUGGAGUUCUUGAAGUUGCCCAAACCGCCAGAGAGUCUGUGCGGUAUAAACCAGGGUCGCCUGAAAACCGAGACUUGGGGCGAUGACUUCAUAAAGGCGUGUUUGUUGCCCUACGUAUCUUUGAUGCCGGCUAACGAAAGUCUGAUCCACGAUUUGGCCAAGGUAUAUGUUCAGACAAGUGCAGAUAUCAAACGAAUCAUCCUGAGACUAAUUGAAAGUCCGAUAAAAAGUAUGGGCAUGGACUCCCCUGAAGUAUUGAAAUUAGUUGAAGAUUGUCCUAAGGGUUCAGAGACUCUAGUAACGAGGGUUAUACAUAUUUUGACUGAUAAGGGUCCACCAACACCUGAUCUGGUAAACAGGGUUCGAGAUUUGUACAAUACCAGGAUUUCAGAUGUGAGAUUCCUCAUUCCUGUACUGAAUGGUCUUUCCAAACAGGAGAUUAUAGCAGCAUUACCCAAGCUUAUCAAACUGAAUCCUGUGGUUGUAAAAGAAGUAUUCAACAGGCUCCUAGGGUUACAUGGGGAUAGUCCCAUCAGCCCCAUUGAAUUAUUGGUAUCCUUGCAUCUAAUUGAUUCGACAAGGGCCGAUUUGAAAACUGUCAUCAAGGCGACUUCAAUGUGUUUACAGGAAAAACAGGUUUAUACACAGGAAGUUUUGGCUGUUGUUUUGCAACAACUGAUGGAUCAAGUUCCAUUGCCCACUUUACUGAUGAGAACUGUUAUCCAGGCUUUGGGUAGUUAUCCCAGAUUAUCAGGAUUUGUUAUGAAUAUUUUGCAGAGAUUGAUUUUGAAAAAGGUGUGGAAACAAAAAGUGGUGUGGGAGGGCUUCGUCAAGUGCUGCCAGCGCACCAAGCCGCAGAGCUUCGCCGUGCUGAUGCAGCUGCCGCCCCCGCAGAUCGUCGAGGCCCUGACCGUCUGCCCGGAGCUGCGCGCGCCGCUCAAAGAUCAUCUGCUCGCGUUCACCGAGGCGCAGCGCGCCCACAUCCCGGCCGCCGUGCAGGAGGUGGUACUGGGCCCGUACGUCGUGCCGCCGCCCGCGAUGGUGCCGCCGGUGGUGGUGCCGAUGGUGCCGCCCCCGUCGGUUGUGGGGGCGGGCAUGGGGAUGGCCGAGGUGCGAGGCGAGGUUGGGGUUAUGGAGGAUCCACCUAUUGCUAUAGUUCCUCAUCCACAAGAGGAACCUUUACCUCCAGGGAUGGACUGAGAAUUUUAAUAAAAUAUGUCUAUGGUAAUUGUUUUUUUUAAUAUUGUAUCAU